CGGAACUAUCAGACAAUGGCAGUGCAAGAAGGCAAAAGAGUAGCUUUAAUUACAGGGUCAACGUCAGUUGAUGGUAUCGGGUAUGGAAUUGCUAAAGCUUUGGCUCAAGUUGGAUAUGAUAUUAUUCUCCAAGGACGACGAAGUGUAGCGGAUAUAGAACCCAUGAGAGAAGAGAUAGAAAGUUCGUUUAAAGUCACAUGCCAUUACCUAAAGGCAGAUUUGUUGCAACGAGCAGAGAUUGAAAGUCUAUGCAGUAACAUAAGAACGAUCUAUCCUGAUGGAAUAGACGUCCUUGUGAACAACGCAUGUUUGUAUGGAUUGGCUGCGAUAGAAGAAUACCCAGUCGAUAACUGGGAUGAUGUUUUAAAAGUCAACGUCACAGCUCCUUUUGAUCUUAUAAGACUAACACUUGGAGCAAUGAAAAAGAAAGUCACCAGAUAUUUAACCAUCAAGCGAAUGCAAUGGAAAUUCAUUCCCAAACGCGCUCCAUUGUAUGGCGGUUUUUGGGAGCGUCUGGUUGGUAUUACGAAACCCGCUAUUAAGAAGGUACUUCAACGUUCAUUCGUAACCUGUGAUGAACUUAGCACAAUUGUAGCGGAAAUAGAAGCCGUCCUGAACAAUAGGCCGAUUACUUAUGUUUCUGGAAACGCGGACGACUUGAUAGCACUCACACCAUCGCAUUUAAUAAAUGGACGUCCGAUCACGAUGUUACCAAGUCAACCAGUCGACCCUGACGAAUUACAGGACCCCACCUUCGGUGAUAACCAAACCGAAAUUCAACGAAGAUAUUUACGUCUGUCUGAGUUGAUUCAGCAGUUUUGGCGUAGAUGGAUCUCCGAAUAUCUACCCGCUCUCCGCGAACGCCAUAUGCUCACUGGUAAAUCAACAAAUACCGUCAAAAUCGGUGACAUUGUUCUCGUCCAUCAUGACAACCAGAAGCGACUGCAUUGGAAUAUGGCAAAAGUUGAGAGAUUAAACUACGGAAGAGAUGGACUAGUCCGAUCUGUGGAUAUUAAAACACCACACGGACGAACCAAUCGACCGAUCAGUUGGGGGCGUAUCAUUAACAUAUCGUCCAUACUUAGCAAAACUACGUCACCAAACUUAUCUGCCUAUGUUUGUUCAAAACAUGCCCUUGAUGGAUUAACGAAG